UAUAUUUAAUCGAUUGAUCCGCGGUCACACUCCAAUGUUUACGUGUUUAUUUUGGAUUUAGUUUUGUUUAUCAUUAAAAUUUAUAAAAUAUGACAAAUCUGCAACGCUGGCUGUUUUACGCAUCGCUCUUUGCGGUGCCCUAUCUUUCAAUUGUUUUGGGAGCUGUGCAAACGCAAUUAACAAGCAAAUAUUUCCUGCAUAUUCAGCUUUUACCUCUUUUAUUCCUCGUGAUUUUCGGCAUCUAUUCCGUUUGGACUGUCUUAUAUAGAACUCUCACAUUUAACGAUUGUCCCGAGGCCGCCAAAGAGCUUCAGGAAGAAAUUCUGGAGGCUCGCAAGGAUUUAAUCGCCAAAGGAUUUCGGUUUCGUGAUUAGGGAGCGGGAUUUCCACCUCCCAGGACUUGUGCAUGUUUAUCUGUAAUUCCAUUAUUUAUAAAAAUUCAAGCAAAUGUACUCUAGACCACUUUUUGAAUGGGCUUUUAGGAAUUGAUUUCCCCAGGUGCGGAAAGUUGGUAACAAAAAUUUGUGCCGAGGUUUUUAACUGAAGGCUAAAGAAAAUCGUAUAAAUUAAAAACAGUAAAUAAAUUAUACGUAUACCAAUCUGUUUUAUUCUCUGUUGAAUAAAAAAUGUAUUUAUGAUUUCUUUUAAA